GUGAUCACUGCACAGUGCAAGACGCAUGCGAGUCCUUUAUCGGCUUUAUCUAUGAUGAUGGGACUAGCUGCUGGGCACUGCGGUAGUAAAGUACAAAAGCUUAAAAUCAAAACUAUUUUUAAAGUAUUUUUAAAACCACAAAAUAGUUGAAUGAAACAGAUUUAAUUUAUUCUGUAAAGCUUGUACUGCAUUGUAGUGACAUACAGUAAUAUUUAUGUGUAGGUACAGAACUUGCAUAAAAAAACCAUAAUUGUAUUAACAAUAUUUUCUAAGAGUUGAUUAUGACGUUUGAGAAAUGUGAAUGCACACCCCUGCUACUGUUGGUGAAAUGAAUUCGUCGUCAGUCGACGACGACUUGGAUUUGAACGUUUUUGACCCAUACACACAAGCCGCAUUGAUCAGAGGAGGUUUUUUAUCAUCCAAAAAUAUUUUAAAGUAUACUGAGGCCGAAUUUAGAAAAAAAGUAAAAUUGACAGUAGUAGCCACUCACCGUGUGUUUAUUGCAGCAGCUAAUAUAAGUGCUUCAAAUGUCAAGUGUCAUCAAGAGCCCAACAACCAUGUACUUACUUCAGGCUGUAAACAGAUUGAUAAACUUUUGGGUGGAGGCCUAUUCAAAUAUGGCAUUACCGAGAUCUCUGGCGAAAGCGGAUGUGGGAAAACACAAUUUUGCUUGCAGAUUGCACUCACGGUCCAACUACCAUUAUCUCUCAAAGGAGCAAAAUCUGGAGCUGCAUACAUUUGUACUGAAGACAGAUUUCCCUCUAGUCGAAUACAACAGAUGAUUUCUAAUAUUCGUUUUAAGUAUCAAUGUGACAGUAAAAUUGAUAUGAAUGAAUUAUGUCAAACAGAUUAUGGAGACAAUAUUCUGAUUAGUCACAUAGCAACUGUGGAAGAUUUAAAAAAAUGUAUCCAUGAAAUGCUUCCAAGAGCGCUGUUACACAGACCUAUUAAGCUGAUUAUCAUUGAUAGUAUAACAGCUGUGUUCCGUGGAGAAUACACACCAAGUGAAGUACCUCGUAGAUCCAGAGAUCUCAGAGAUAUAGCGGUUUUCCUACAUAAGCUAUCUGUUGAGCAUGGACUAUGGAUCAUAUGUGUUAAUCAGGUAACAUCAUCAAUAUCAGAUAUCGGCGGAAAUAAAUUAGUUCCAUCUUUAGGACUUGCGUGGGCGAAUUUAGUGACUACUAGACUUAUGAUGUCUAAGACACAAUCUUCUAGAUACAUUGAAGUGAUGUUCAGCCCACAUACAGCUCCAACAAGUGUUCCUUUUAGAGUUACUGAACAAGGGAUUGUAUGACUAAACUUAAAUGCAUUGUUUAUUCAACAAAAGUAAUUUAUAUUUUUAAUUAUUUUUAUCAUCAGUCAUGACGUUUUUUUCAUGAUAUAUAUCAAUUUUACAAAAUAUAUUUAUAUAAAAAUAA